AGACCUCUACAGCAGUAUGACAGAUGACAGCACUGUUUCCUGUCCCGUGUGUGUGUGUGUGCGUGUGUGUGCACUGGUGUGUUACAGAACAUUAAUGUCAGUGUAGCCCUGUGAGGCUCAGCAGAAGGAUUUGCACUUUUUACGUUAACAUUGCCAAUCAGAUGUAAGGGAGGGGUCAACACACCAUAUAGGACCGUCAUAGCUUGCACAGGAGCAGAGCUGCAACUGCGAAAGGGAACAGCAAACGUCGGAUGAUCGAGCGCUGAAUACACAAACCCAGUUUUUCCUUUGAAAUUUAUUGAUUUGAGAGAAAGAAUGAGCUUCUUAUUGGUGUUAUUACUUCUGCUGGUGCAAGCUCACUCAUAUGCAAAAGCAGCACAGGUAGUGGUUUUAGCACAAGCAGGAAAACCUGUUACUAUUCCCAGAAAGCCAUGGGGGAAAACUGAGAAUAUUCAUGUCAACUGGGAGUUCAAUGAUACAAUUUUGAUUAGUAGAAAUCCUACAGCAUCCUCUCAAAAAGACGUGCCACUAAAUUGGCAGGGACGAAUCUCUCUUACAACAGACUUCUCUCUUCACAUAUCAAAUGUUACUGCGAUUGACUUUGGAAUCUUCAAAUGUGACCAGCAUGAACUCGUGAACUCUAUCUCAGACACAUACAAACUUUAUCAAGUAACCAUGUCCACACUGGCAGUACUGCUGUCCGGUGACGAUCUGUCCCUGUCCUGUGAAAUCAACCGUGAAGGAUUUAAUCUUGUUCGCCCUACUGUACGCUGGCUAGGGCCUGAUGAUAAAACUUACCAAGGACAAUCAACUGAGAACAAAUACACUCUCAAAGUGCCCAAAAUCUCCAGCAUUCACCAUGGAAAUUGGAUCUGUGAAGUGCAGUAUGGUGUGAAUAGUUUAUUAAAUGCCAUGACCAAUGUCGUAAUUGUGGAUCUCGCCCCCUCUUCACCGGAUCCCAUCUAUGCAGCUGACUCCUCCUCUAAUUUUGCUCUCCCUUGUUCCUUUUCCUCAAAAAUUUCCUGGUCCUUGGUGAAUGCCACAGGUGUGAAGGGAGGUAGCUGGAGCUUCAUUUCAGCCGAUAGUUCUAAAUCUAUUUCUCCUCUCCUCAAAUUACAUCCUAAUCCCUCUCCUGUCUGGAAGAUUCCCAAUGGCACAUCCAGCUAUCUCAUGGAGAGUGAGGUGAAAAAUCAAGAUCUCAGUGUGAAGAUUUCCAAGGUGUCUAUAAUGCACAGAGGGCAGUUCACCUGCAGUCUGGACUUAAAAAAAAAGAGUCUUAGUCAAAGCGUGCUGGUGGAGGUGCUACAAGUUAUUUCAUCAGCAGGUAAACCUAUAUAUGAGGGCAGUAAGCUGAACUUGACCUGCACUCUGGGUCAUCCCAUGCCCCCUGACCUGGAAGUGACUUGGAAAGCCCCAACUGGUUCAUCUCUGCCAAAUCUUAGCCCUCAUCCCACAGAGCUGUCGAUCCCAGGUGUAAGACUGAAGGACAGCGGGCAAUGGGCAUGUGAACUCAAAAAGAAUGCAACAGUACUUGCAACAGCUACAAUCAGACUGAAAAUUGAGAAAGCUCCAGUGAACACUUGGCUUGUUGUAGGUAUUUUUGUUGGUUUACUGGUCUUGAUCUUGCUUGCUGUAAUAGCCGUGAUCAUCAUUUGUAGGCGCAGAAAGGUGAUGAAGUACACACGGCGAAAGAGGAAAUUCUGCUGCUGUAAGAAUCCUCAGCCAAAAGGUUUUUACAAGACCUGAAUGAAGCCUUUUCCUGAACACAGUAACCAGCUGGAUGGAAAACACUGGAUUUCCACAUCAUAAACAAAGCUUGAGAGGUGGAGUUUAAAAAGAAGAUCAAGUCGACAGAAACAAUUCAAAUAUCAGCAUCUAAAUAUCAUCUAUUUGAAAAGACUGUAUUAAAAACAAGUAGAGAAAUGUUAUGUAAAUGCUCUUCCUUUACACCUGUACAAAGAUAACAACUUGGUGUUAUGUAGUACUGAAGUAGUACUAAAAUCUAGAAUGAGAAACAUUUUUAUUGAAUAUUAUAUGAUAAUUACAUGAUUAUUAGAUUAUUUUAGAUUUCAGACCAGAAUUCACCUGGCAUAAUGAACUUAUACAUGCACAAUAUUCUGUGUUUUGCUAAACUAAUUAUUUCGCUAAAAUGUUGUUUGUAUUAUUAAUAUUUUGUGUAAAUAAAUAUUUUUUCAAUAUCAUAAAAAGCAUGCAUU